CUUCCCUUGAACCUUGAGAGACUUGGGAUGACAACUGCAGAGAACAAGCAAAUGGGCUUCGAGAUUCCCCAAUUCAACUUUCUGCUCGCUCGCCCAUGCAUGUCCACUUUCCUACUUCCAUCCAUUGUCACUUUUUUCGACUCCAUCAAUGUCUUCUUGACUUUGUUGUUCCCUCUCCUCGGGCAAAACAACCGGUGUCCCCCUGUUUGAUUCCUACCUUGCCUACCUACACUACCUUUUUUUUCCCUUCUCCUCCACGAGUCGGUACCUUGGUGUCCCUGUCGUUGUCUUGCUUUUUUUUCUUUCAUCCCUAGAGGUACCCGACCCUCACUACCACCACCAUCACUUGCAAACCCUCGAGGUCCCCUCCUCCUCCUCCUCCUCUAUACACACGUCUCCCCCCAUUCUUCCUAGUACCUAACCUAGGAGAAUACCAAGGACGACAUCCAUUCGCUUCCAGUCGAGAGCCGAACGAGAGACGAGCGAGUCAAUCCGAGAGCCGAGUCGCAAUUCCUCAACCACCCUCACUACCCUCGGCCAUCAUAUCCUCGACAGAAACCCCCCGUCCGAAUUAAAUUAUAGUCACUCGUUGUCGAUCGCUGCGACUCCCCGUCCACCAGAUUCCAGUCCACCACACCCCCCCCCAUGGGCCACUGCUAGGACUGAUUCGCUGUCGUCCCGUCAUCGUCGGCCUACCUCACUAAGCACGACAGCUACCCCGUGUCAGGUCGACCGUUCGAAUGCGCCCUUCUCCAGCAUCGGAAAACCUGCUUUGACGCACACCACCCGACACUCGCUUGCCACCCCCCUCCAUUCUCGAACGAGUCCAUUCGACGAAAGGGGAGAAUAGGGAUCCUCGAGUCCCUGCAUCUGCACUACUAUCCGGGAUACCCACCGAUUCUGCCUGUCCUCGAACUCGACGACGGCAACAACGCUCGUUGAACCACACGGCCUAACCACAGACCAACACCACGCUCGCUACCUGCCCGUCGUUCAAACUCGACCUCCUCAUACUUGAUGCACCGUCUUUAGUUCGAAACCUACACUUUCGACUCUCGCUGUGACGUUGCGGCCUCUUGGCCGACUCGCCAGAAUCCGACCUUCAUACUCGGAUCCAUACCCGCCGACUUAGGAAACUUCUCUCGGCUUUCUCGACUCCUUACGGAACAAACAUCCAAUGGGUUCCGACACGGCCGACACAGAAUCCAUCAUGUCGUCCACACCACGCCGUCCAGCGCAGCUCGACAUACGGUCCAAGUCAGCAAUGUCCGUCUCAAGGCCACUGCGAUCCCCUCGACUUCAUGUCGCCGGCGAGGCGCCCCCAGAGCUCUCCCCUCUGGAUGCUUUUGCCAUGCAAAGCCGGCUGCUUGCCAAACAACUUGAAGAGAGCGCAAGGCAGGGCCGGCGCUUGAGCCGUUUGCCGCCUCUGACUACCGAUAGCCCGUUAAUUGUACAAGGCCGUUCCGAAUACUUUCGCUCCCUAUCCCAAGACUCUGGAAGCGAUGAGGCUUACACACCGCAGCACAACGUCGGCCUGGGCCUGAGGCACGAGGUGGACGAGGACGUGAACAACCGACCCAAGUCGAUGCACCCGCGCAUGAGCCGCAUCCCACCCACCCCCAUCGAGUCGUCCGUUCCGAUGCCCGCUCGACCGAACCUCGAUGCCGAAAGCGUAGAAGGAGAGAUCUCUUUCGGAAUCGGAGCCCGUAGGGAGGAAUCGCCCCAGCCCCUCGACCGCAGCCCCGAUAUUGAGCGACGAUCGGCUUCGGCCAUGGGAACCCGAGAGAGCAUGGCGCGCUCACCACCCCCGGCACCGACUUUGACUCGGGCUAUGACUUCGCCGGAGCAGGUACAGGGUGGCCUGCUGCCACCUCGCCCUUUGUUUCCCAAGCGAUCUUCGAGCAUGAUGUCUUCGCCCCUGGAACCGACUGACGAGGAUGGGCUUGGUUCGUUGGGAACAUCGUUUCACUCUCAGGUCUCUCAGGGUUCCCGCAAGAUGUCCACCAGCAGCAGCAUCCUGUCUCCUAUGGGCCGCAGUCAACGGUCGCCCUCAAUCGCAUCGGACAUGUCCGGACUGCAAAAACCAUCCAUGAACUUUUCCAUGCCCAUGAGUAGGGCAGAAACCCCCUCCUUCGAGUUCCCAGCUCGCCAGCCGUCUUCUGACAGCCAUGCGUCGUUUGUCUUGGUUGAUAAUGAGGCGCAUACCCCGGUCAGCAUGAACGGCGAUGGUUUCCCUGACCCCGACGGUAACCACUCCUUCCACAAUGUGCAGUUCACAUUGCCACGAGGAAAGUCGGUUCGGCGGGCGGAAGACGAGAGGCCCGAGUUUGGUACGCCCCUUAGGCAGGUCACUACCAACGAGCAACCUCCGUUGCCUAGCUCAAAUGAGCUUCUCCCCCGUGCUCACGUAUCCGGACAGCUUCCUCCAUCGCCAUCGAGCUCAGUAGGACCUCGCCUAUCCGAGGACCGCCUCAGGCAGAUACCAUCCGAGCAAAGCAAGGUAAGCCUCGAGGUCCCAAGGUCAGCUUCAACACGGCAACCGUCGCCAGAAGCCAUUGGUCGCCUUUCAACAGACAGUGCCCUCGAGCGCGCCCGUCCGUCUACGUCUCCAACUCCCGACAGCAAUCAAAACAAGACGGCCACCCCCACGGCCACCUCAACGUCGACGGCAGCACCCUCCAUCGCCGCUACGCACGACACAGCAGCUACCCUCACAGCUACACGCUCUCUAGGCCAAGCCACCGGCCAUCAGACCAUGGCCGAAAUGACCGCCGAAGAGCACGUCUCCAAAGCCGUGGCCCUGCACGAAAAGGGUGCACUGCAAGAAUCUACGUGGCAUCUCCGUCACGCAGCAAAACAAGGCCAUCCUACGGGUAUGCUGCUUUACGCCCUCGCCUGCCGACACGGAUGGGGUAUGAGACCAAACCAGCGCGAGGGAGUAGAAUGGCUCAGAAAGGCCGCGGCAAGUGUCAAUUUGGAAUUACAGCAAGAUGACGACAAGACAAAGGAAGGAAAAUCGGUGGAUAAGGUGGAGCACAAGGCGAGAAAGGCGCAGUUUGCGUUGGCGCUUUACGAGUUGGGUGUGUCUCAUAUGAAUGGGUGGGGAAUUGAGCAGGACAAGGUUUUGGCGUUGAGGUGUUUUGAAAUUGCCGGGUCUUGGGGCGACGUGGACGCUCUAGCGGAAGCUGGGUUCUGCUAUGCCCAGGGUAUCGGGUGCAAGAAGAACUUGAAGAAGAGUGCCAAGUAUUACCGAGAGGCGGAGGCCAAGGGAAUGAGUAUGGUUGGAAACAGCUGGAUUCACAAACCAAAAUACGCCGAUGAUCCGAAAGACGGGAAAGACUCGAAACACUCACGCAACAAGUCCAAGUCUAGGAAAACACUGUUUGGGUGGAACCAUUCUUGAGUGAUCUAACAGCGCGACGGUUUCCAGUUAUCUUCGUCUAUACCCGGCACUUUAUUCUUGGUUAGGUUCUCUUCGCCAUCUGGCCCGGCAGGGCAUUCAUUUGUCGACUUCCAACACUCAAUCUUGGAAUCUUUCCUCAACUGACGAUAACGACAAUGCAUCUCAAUCCCAUCUAACACAAAAGCAAGCACCAAAUACCCAUUCCAAAUACCCACAACCCGUUUAUACAUACAUCCCCCCCUCCUCUAUACAGCAUACAAAAAUUCCCAUCCGGUUGGGCCAUCGUUUUGAGAGUCUUCGGAAAAGGAGUUACAAGGCGCUGGGUGCAUGGCUACAGGGCGUUGUUAUUGUUCCUGCUGUUUAGUGCUUCCGCCGUGAUUUUGUACGGCGGACAGCUCGAUUUCUCUGUGCAUUUACAUUUACAAAUUCUUUCCAAAAACUCUGUACGUUAUGAGCAACAUUCGCUUUUUUCCCUGCUUGUCCUUUCCUCCUAUUGAGUGUUUUUUUCCUUUCCCCUCUGUUUUUCCAUUCGUGUUUUUAUACCUUCGCUUUUUCCUUUCUUCCCUUUUUUUUUUUUUUUUUUUUUUUUU